GGAGUGCGGCCCUCCUGAGGAUAACUUCUCCUCUCUGCUCAUUCAAGGCUUGGCCUCGCUUUUGAGAGCGUGGACAAUCCGACAUGGUGGCUUUCUGAACUGUCCCCUUAGAACUGGGUGGAAAAAAAAUCCAAACAUUUCCUGAGGGUUUCCCCAAAGCUGGUUCAUUACAGUUUUUAGGUGCCGCUAUCCAGGGCUGGCCUUGAAUUGGCAAUUUAAAGGAAAAUGGCUAGUUCCAUAUAGGGAUGUGAAAGGUUAACUGGUUAACCUUAAUGGGGGAUGCUCACCAGUUCUGGUUAAUUGGUGGAGGCUGGAGCAGCUCCCUGGCUAUCCCCAGGGAACCACCAUGGACAAGGGUGAUCCAGUCUGGGCAGAGCAGCCACUGUCCGCACCAUGCCCAGGCAUGCCGCAGGCAGGGAGACCACUCCAGCCCAGUCCCCUUUUAGUUGUUUAACAGGUUAACCAUUGUGUUUAGCCAGUUAACCAAUUAAACAGGAUUUUACAUCCCUAUGAGCCACAUAAUCUAUCCUAGUACCUUGCUGCAGUAUCUUCAAAACAUUGGAGGUCUGUGUUUUACUUAAUUCCAUUAGCAUCCCUCUGUUUUUCUACUAUGGCCGCGUCUCCACUUGCUGUGCCCGAAAUAAAUCCUCUUUAGUAAAGGCCUGCUAAGUCAAAUGCUGAGAAUACCCCUGUUUGGCGCUGGUACUCACUCCUUAUGACAGUAAGAAGGGAAGCUGAUGUGAGCAUUUGCUCGCAUUGACCUCCUACUGAGAAGACGGCACUAAGCUUGGCUUCAGAAAUGGAGGCUCAGUAUGACGGCACCGAAGUAACUGUAGUAAUGGAGGAAAUAGAAGGCACCUACACAUCUCCAGUGCCCUCUAAGAAGAAGAAAAAAUAUAAAAGUCCUGGAGACCAAGGGGAAAAGGCCAAAAAACCCAGAUCGGCUUACCUCCUGUACUAUUAUGACAUAUAUUUGAAAGUACAGCAGGAGCUCCCCCACCUCCCGCAAUCUGAAAUUAACAAGAAGAUCAGUGAGAGCUGGAGAUUGCUCAGUGUGGCUGAAAAAAGCUACUAUUUGGAAAAGGCCAAACUGGAGAAAGAAGGAUUAGACCCGAACUCCAAGCUGUCCACUCUGACUGCAGUAGUUCCAGACAUUCCAGGCUUCCGUAAAAUCCUCCCUCGUUCGGAUUAUAUAAUCAUCCCCAAAACAGCUCUUCAAGAGGACAGGAGCAGGCAGCACCUAGAACUCUGCGUGGCACAGGGCCAAACAGCAUCUGAAGGAGUAGCAGCUUCCACCAACAUCACAAGUGUGGCCCAUGAUGCCAUGCAAAACAUCCUUUCCGUGGACUCGAGCCGUGUUGGCAUUUCUGAGCAGUGCAUUGCUAUUGAAGGACUGGCAGAGGAGUCCGCUUCAUUUGGUCAGUCAGACGCUAUAGAAGAAGUAGUUGCUUCAGAGAUUCUCUCUCAUUAUGUCAAACCCAUAGCAGAUAAAAUAACUGGAGAUAUCCUCUUGGAUGAGGCAUCUUUGGAAAUAGGAGAGGGACAUCCAUAUCAGACAACUAGUGUGGUUAUUGAAGAGACUCUUGUUAGCAGCUCCAGAGACCUCUCCAAUGGGAGCAUUGCUGUGGCACAGCCCCAGGUUUCUGAUGGCUUGUCUGUGGUAACAGUGGUGACCGGGAGGGACACAGAUGAGAGCAGCUCCUCUAUGCCUACCACACAGUUUAUUAUGCUGCCUCUCCAGGCUCACUCUGUUGUGGAGAACCCAACAUCAAUCAAACUGACAACCACUUACACCCGCAGGGGCCAUGGAAACUGCACCAAUCCUGGCUGUUCUUUUACUUAUGUCACUAGACACAAACCGCCGAAGUGCCCAAAGUGUGGAAACUUCUUGGGAGGAAAAUGGAUCCCAAAGGAAAAGCAACCAAAAAGCAAAGCUGAGCAGAGCUCAGGUCUCCCCCUCAGAGCACCAGGGGCUAAAAGAAGCCCACAGCCAGGAACUCCAGAGAAGGCAGCUGCUCAGGAGGAUGCCACCAAGUGUACUCUGGAAAGCUCUGAAGCUGUCAGCCAGCUGCUGAGUGCAGUGCCUGUUCGGGAGCAGAUUCACGAGAAUGAAUGGGAAGAAGUAAUCAUCUCAGAGGCUCACAUCCUUGCAAACAGUGUGCAAGCCCAGGACGAUGGGAAUGCAGCAGCAGUGAUGCCAGCUAAAGAUUGCAAUGUUCAGGGCAACUCCUUUUUAGAGCAGACUGAGAGAGACAGUACAGAGAGAGGGUCGCAGCCAUCUGCUGAGAUACGUUCACUUGCCAGUCCAACUUCCACUGUAAAAAAGCCAAUGGGCGUCGAUGCUCUUGCUGCUGCACCCAAAGGACAAGAACUGAAGAGCAAACCAAAACCCAAGCCCUCCUUACUGGCUGCUGCGAGACCCAUGAGAGCAAUCCUACCUGCUCCUGCUAGCUUGGGGAGGGAAAUCCGCACAGAGCCGCUCAGCAGCCGACAGGGCUUUCCAGAUAAGCAUUCCGCUGUGAGAACCUCGGGCCUGAAGCCCAGUACCCUGAAGCAACUGGGUCAGUCUGUCCUACAGCCGUGUAGCAUUAGUGAGCGAAAGCUCCACAGCAGCCCAGCCAGCAGAGCAUCUCAGGUGAAAGUAGUGGAGGUCAAACCAGAUGUAUUUCCCUCUUAUAAGUACAGCUGCACUGUAACUUUGGAUUUGGGAUUGGCAACAUCACGUGGAAGAGGCAAGUGUAAGAAUCCCUCUUGUAGCUACGUAUAUACAAAUAGGCACAAGCCGCGAAUCUGUCCCAGCUGUGGUUACAACCUCGCCAAAGAUAGAGCUGACAAAACUGUGAAAUCCUUGGAGGUCAGCUCAGGUCUUCCUGAUGUAUUGAACACCAGUGAACCCCUGACACAGUCCCAGAAAGAGAUUCAGCGCCAAUCGACACUGCAGCUGCUGCGCAAGGUAAUGCAAAUCCCAGAGAAUGAGUCGGAACUGGCAGAGGUCUUCACACUCAUCCACGAACUCAACAGCUCACGGCUCAUCCUGUCCAACGUGAGUGAGGAGACGGUCACCAUCGAGCAGACCUCCUGGUCAAACUAUUAUGAGUCUCCAUCUACGCAGUGCCUCCUCUGUAACAGCCCUCUGUUCAAAGGGGGACAGAAUUCUCUUGCUGGUCCACAGGAGUGCUGGUUGCUGACGGCUAACCAGUUACAGGUGGUUACUGCCCAGGUCAAAGUGUGUUUGAAUCUGCAGUGCCUGGCCCUGCAUAGCUUCACUGAUAUAUACACAGGCCUGUUCAAUGUGGGCAACAAGUUGUUAGUGAGCCUGGACCUUCUGUUCGCAGUCCGAAACCAUAUUAAACUUGGAGAGGAUCCCAAAGUGGCCGUUCGCAGUAUCCUUGAAUCUGUGCAAGAACAGACCGAGAAAACCCUGAGGCCUGAGGAGAUGAGUCAGCUCCAAGAGCUGCUGUGCAAUGGCUAUUGGGCUUUUGAGUGCCUCACUGUCCGGGACUACAACGAUAUGAUCUGUGGAGUCUGUGGCAUUGUGCCCAAGAUUGAGAUAGCCCAGAGGAAUGCAGAAAAUGUCCUGGCACUAAAGAACAUAGAGUUUACCUGGCCAGAAUUCUUGUCGUCCAGCGAGGUAAAUGUGGAAGAUUUCUGGUCAACGAUGGAGACAGAAGUGAUUGAGCAAGUGGCGUUCCCGUGUAGCAUCCCGAUCACCAAGUUUGAUGCCUCUAUUGUUGCCCCUUUCUUCCCACCGCUGAUGAGAGGAGCUGUGGUUGUCAACACUGAGAAGGACAAGAACCUAGAUGCCCCUCCAGUGCCCGGCAGUGGGAGCGCUUUGGUGCGGCUACUUCAGGAGGAAUCCUGCAAAGUGGAACAGAUCAGCUCUUAUAGUAAGGAAGAGCUGCAGCAUUUCUUGGCGCAGUGCAGCAUCCCCUGGGGGGCAGCAGACACGAAGGACCAGCUUUGUUAUUCCCUCUUGGCUCUCUAUGACUUUGUACAGAAUGGGGCAGGUGCCAAACAACCCCCUGUCCAUCACACAGGAGGCAAAAUCUACAAAGUGUGUCCACAUCAGGUGGUGUGUGGCUCAAAGUACAUUGUGAGAGGGGAAAGUGCCCGGGAUCACGUGGACCUGCUAGUCUCCUCACGCCACUGGCCACCAGUCUAUGUGGUGGAUAUGGCUUCUUCAGUGGCAUUGUGUGCAGAUAUCUGCUGCCCUGACCUGACUACCCAGAUGUGGGGGAAAAACCAGGGAUGCUUCUCUGAUCCCAUGGAGCCCCCAAUGUGUGUAUCCUGCCCAGAGCUAUUAGACCAACACUACAGUGUAGAUAUGACUGUAGCGGAGCACUCUGUCCAGCACCCAGUCACCAAAUCCACAGCCCGCCGAAUUGUUAACACCGGGGUGGAGAACAGCCAGAGCGAUCCAACUGCCCAGCACCGUUCCAUUUCACUGUGCCAGGAGCUAGAGCCUUACAGUGCCGUCAUCACUGCCAUUAACGACAGCAAAACCAGCAGUGUCCGCCAGAGGCCCAUCACCUUUGACAAUGCAACCCACUAUUACCUCUACAACCGUCUGAUGGAUUUCCUUACCAGCCGGGAGAUCGUGAACCGGCAGAUCCAUGAAAUUGUGCAGAGCUGUCAGCCUGGUGAGGUGGUGAUCCGGGACACGCUGUACCGACUGGGAGUGGCCCAGAUCAAGACCGAAAUAGAGGAGGAGGAGGAGGAGAACCAGGAAGAUGGAGAGGUUGCUGAAUAAACCACUCUCAGCUGGUGAUUAAUCUCUUUUAACCAUGCAGCUGGGUAUGUUGGGCUGCUGUAAAGUCUUGGCAGACUGGUCAGGUUUAUCUGAGAGAGGUGUGUGUUUUAAACAAAGAAGCUGUGAUACUGCUGGCUUUAACUGCUUACACUGACCAAAGAGCCAUGUGCUUCCAGAGGAUCAUGAUUGCUGCUGUGAGCGUAAGUUCCAUUAACAUCCUUGCUUACAGGAUGGGAUUUCCUUCCAAGGUGCUUCUUGGACCCAUUGAUUUGUUGUGAAAUAUGCUGUUCUCACACAGCAGCUGGAUUGGGAGAAAGCGAGGGGUGGGAAGGGAUCAGUUUCCAGUUCCUGGAGUGUCUGAGAUGUAAUAGCACAAAGUUGUUGAGGUCCCCCGCCCCGCCCCGAUCUUGUUUGCUAACCUUGUUAAUAUCAGUACAGGGUUGGGUAAAGGGUGCAAGAGUGGAUGGAAGAAAGGUGGAUGACAAUGUCUGUGACCCCCAAAACUCUACUUUGAAUAGAUUAGCAUAAUAUCCUGACCUUCCUGCUUUGAAGUUGCACCUUCCAUCUGGCUAUGCAUUCAAAAGGAUCAUGUUGAGUGGCCUGCAGCUUUAAAAUAGUCACCUCUAGGGAACCUCAUGGGAGGUGCUGGUGCCCAGGAUGGGGUUAAGGAGUCAGCAGGGAGGGAUGUUUCCUGUUCUUUUCUUGAGUUCAGUAACAGUGCACUAUAGCAGGUAUUUAGCCUGUGGAGAGCUGUGAAUCUGAGUUUCUAGGUCUGUUAGUCCUUUAACAGGAGGAACAGUAAUGAUUAGUCAGUCAUUGAUGCAUUACCUAGGAGUUGAACUUGAUGGGUUGCCCUUGACUUGGCUAGCCAAGGGCUAACACUUCUUGAAGGGCUGCUUUGAGUCAUCUAAGGCAACCACUUUUUAAACCAGCGAGGCACUCAAAUUCCACUCACUUCGUUUUGGGCACUUUAUUCUUUUAAAUGUUACAUCCCAUUCAUGGACUUGAAUGAAAAUUUAUUUUUGUGGUGUGGCUGGGGCUGAAUAGCAACGGACAUUUGUGCAGCAGUAACAAGAGGCAAUGAAUGCAACAUAUCCAGAGACGCCCAUGAUAAGAUUUUUAUAAUCCUCUAUCAGGACUGUGGUUGAGAGGGCUGCAUCCACUCUGCUCUCUGGGACCUUUGCCAACUGUGAUAACCCAUCUUGCCAUUAUCUCCAUAGCACUGUAAAUCUGAAAUGGGUCUCAUCCUGUCUAUACAUUGCUCUGACUAUUUUCCUUUAAGUCCUCUGAGUCCAUGUUCCCUCCAGCGUAUUUAAAUAGCACCUCCUACCCUAUUUGUAAAGCUGCUUUCAUUGUCCACUGACACCCUGCUGACCAUAAAUCUGAAAAUACACAUCUGGCCUGGUUCAAACAACACAGAAGAUGGGAUACUGGAACAGUGGGAAACCAGGCCAACUGCCAGGAAGGCGUUUCCUUGUGUGAACAGAAGAGUGAAUAGAAGACUUACGGUGUGGAUGAAAAUUUCCUUCUGUGAAGGGGAACCUACUGAGUACCAUACUGUAAAUGUACUAAAUCUGAGCAAAUACAGUAAUUAUGGUUUGGGGUUUAUCCUGUUAAAAAAUGUUAAUUUAUUAUAAAAGACAUUAGUGACUUUUUCAGUCAGUGAUAAAAUUUAAUAAAUUAUCUCCAAUUUUUUGGGUGAAA